AUGCCAGGUCGGACUCUCCCGACUCUGCCUUCUGCAGAAGUCGCGGCGCACAACACCGAGAAGUCCUGCUAUGUGACGGUCGGCACGAAGGUCUACGACAUCACAGACUUUCUAGAAGAUCAUCCCGGCGGCGGCGACCUCAUCCUCCAGUAUGGCGGGCAAGAUGUCAAGGAGGCAAUGGAGGACCCGAUCUCACACGCGCAUUCAGAAGCGGCUUGGGAAGUGCUGGAUGAUUGCCUGAUAGGAUUCGUCGCGACGGAGAAGGUCUUGAACGCCGUGAUGAAGAGCUCGGAUCCGUUCGCGGUGCUGCCUAUGGAGCCAGGUUCGCAGGGGAUGCGGGAGUUGGAGAAGACAGACAGUGCUGCGGCAGACGAAGUGAAGGCGCGGGAUCAAGCUGUGAUGAAUGGUGUCGAGGACAGCGACAAGACGGUGUACGAGACCACGGGCAUGAGCUCGGCAGACGACCUGAGCAAGGAGACGGACCCGACGCAGGACUUCAAAAGGCACAAGUUCUUGGAUCUCAACCGGCCGCUGCUGAUGCAGGUGUGGAACGGCGGCUUCAGCAAAGAGUUCUAUCUGCAGCAAGUCCAUCGACCGCGACACUACAGGGGUGGCGACAGCGCGCCUCUGUUUGGCAACUUUCUUGAGCCCUUGUCGAAGACGCCCUGGUGGGUGGUACCGACCGUAUGGCUACCUCCUGUCGUGUACGGCACCUACCUAGCAAGCCAGAACUUGCACCCUAUGGCACUCCCCGGGUACUGGGUCUUCGGGCUCUGCUUCUGGACGAUUACGGAAUAUGUUUUGCAUAGAUGUCUCUUCCACAUCGACCAGUACCUGCCCGACAACCGCGUCGCUCUGACCGCCCACUUCCUCCUCCACGGCAUCCACCACUACCUUCCCAUGGACCGGCUGAGACUGGUCAUGCCGCCUACGCUCUUCAUCGUGCUGGCCACCCCCUUCUGGCAUCUGGCACACACGAUCUUUUUCUACAACUGGUAUGCUGCUGUGGCGGCGUACUGCGGUGGCAUCUUUGGUUACGUCUGCUACGAUCUCACCCACUACUUCCUCCACCAUAAGAACCUACCUCUCCACUACCGCGAGCUGAAGAAGUACCACCUCCAGCAUCACUUUAUGGAUUACGAGAACGGCUUCGGUGUCACGAGCAGAUUCUGGGAUCGGGUAUUUGGGACUGAGCUGCCGCCACCACCCAUGCCGAAGGUGUUGAAGACGCAGUAA